AUGUCUAACACCACAACUUCAAAUCCAUCAAAUUAUUCUUCAUCUUCAACUCUCAUUUGUGAUUAUUGUUGUUCGUGGCCACCAUCGAUCAUAAUUUCCUGCUCCAAAUGUCCGCGUCCAAUAAGAGUUUGCAGAAAGUGUGCAUUAUACGUUCCCGAAUUUAAAACUCAUGCAGAAAAACAUCCAAAUGCCAUCAACAAAUUCUGUGAUAUGCCAUUGUAUGAUGGAGAGAAGCAGUGGUUAUAUUCAGAUGAAAUUCACCUGCUUGAAACAAUCGAAUCGUGUGGCCUUGGAAAUUGGAUUGAUGUUGGCCAAAGACUGAAACGAUCUGCUGAUGAAUGUCGUCAACAUUUUGAAAAAUUCUACUUAAAAAAUGGUAUAUGGGAUUUUCCAUUUUCCGAAUGUCAAAAACCUCAAUUAAAAAAUGAUAUAUCUUCGGAUAAAGAUCUAUCUGAAACUCAGUUUAUGAGUUCAUCCAUUAUUUAUCCACCAAUGUUAUUAUCAACAGAUAAACAACGAUUACUCACUUACAUGCCAUUAAGAGAUGAAUAUGAAAGAGAAUAUUUUAAUGAAGCUGAAAAUCGUAUACCGGGCUUGACAAUCGAUAGUGAAGAAGAAGAAGACGAAUUAUUAAAAGAAGGAAAAUUAGCGUUAAUUCGUGGUUAUGGCGAAGUGUUACGUCGCCGACUUGAGUUAAAAGAUUAUGUGCGAGAUUAUGCGUAUGGGUUCACUUAUGAACAACCAACAUUAUCCCCAUCAACGUCUUUGAAAGAUGAUGAUCAACUAAUGGAUAGUUAUCUACAUGAAAACGUCACGGAUCAUGAUGGAAGAUUAGAAGAUGAGCAACGAACAAAAAAAUACGAAUUACAUCAGAUAUCUCGAUUUUUAUCGGCUGAUGAAUACGAACGUUUAAUCUACAAUCACCACCGAAUUUUGAAUAUUUUAUAUGAUUUGGGUUAUCCAAAACUCGAUAUAAAACCAUCACAUACAAAUAAAAUUGCUACACAAUAUUUAAAUCAUAUUGACACACAACAGCAACCGUCAGAGUCUUCACUACCAUUUAUAAUAAAAACUGAUCGCAAUCGUCAUAGUGAAAGACGAAAUAAAAGAAAUGGAAGAAUAGAAAAAUUAAAAAUUAAAUUAAAACGGCCUGAGUCUCCAGAAUUUCCUUCGUCAUCAUUUGACACAAAACCGUCAGUCCGUUAUGAAUCACGACUUCAUUACUCUAAUCAUCCUGCUACCCACUCGUCAACUAAUUCAUCAGCAUCUUCUUCACUCACAUCUCCUUCACCACCUCCGUCGUUAAAUUCGAUGCCCCUCAACUCUCAACAUUCUCGAAAACGUCGCUUUUCAUAUCUUAAACGAUCCACAGAUGAUGAUGAGCCAGGACGAUCACACGAAGAUACAAAGCCAACUCCAACAUCACUGCGUCUUAUUUUGAGAACACUAGAAACAGGUACAACAACCGAUAAGAAAAAAGCACAAUCUUCGUUAUUCUCUGUUGGUGACGAACUUGAUGAUAAUGUAUUAUUAACUAUGACAAGUCGAAAAAAUUUACGAAGGCGGGCUAAGAUUCUGAAAGAAGAUGAUGAUGAGGAAUCGAAUAGCCAACAAGUCGAAACACGUUCUCGGAGUCAACAUCAGAAAUCAUUACUACAGUCUGAAGAGUCAGACGAUAAUGACCAAUUACCAUUAUCACCAAAAUAUUUGAGAAGACGAACAAUAACAGCUAUGAAACAGGAAAAUAGUGAUGAAAUAAAACGAAAACAACGACGAGUUAAGCUGGAAUAUGAAGAGGAUGAAGAAAUGACAAAUGAUAGCAGCAGAAAUGUAACAGAAAAUUCUCAUCAAAUAUGUACACGUUCAAAAAUGAAUGGUCACGGCCAUCUUCAACAAGCUGCUAAACUGAAUUACAGUCUAGACUCAGACGACGAAAGUACUCUAGAUUAUAAUUCAGAUGAUGAGUCAGAAAGUGAAGAAGAUCAAACCAAAGAUAAUAGUGAAAAAGAACAAAACCAAGAUGGUGGAAUAGAAAUAGAUGAAAGUAGAUCAUCAGUAGCAUCACGAACAAGAUCACACACACCGCCCAAUUCUAAUAAUCAACAAGUACAACUGCAUGAAGGCAAAAAGCGAGUGUGUGCAUAA